GCCGGGGCACGCACUCAUACACAGUCUUUGUUCACUGCCCAUUUCAGCCUAAAUCCGCCUCGAAUAUUUAUAAUUUCUCUGUUUUAACCAAAAGCGGUAGAAUAUAUGACAUCGGUUACUCCGAGACGGAACAACCAGGAGUAUGUUGUGCCAUCCAGUACAUCCCAGGAGGUACAACCGUCCCCCUUAGCUCUACUAGCCGCUACGUGUAGUAAGAUUGGGGCACCCCCUCCCACGCCCACGGAAGAAGGGAACAACCCCGCAGGAGGGACACAAGUCAGGGUAAUCGGCCAGGGGAGUGGAGAAGGCUCUGUGGCCCCGACAUGGAUACAACUGUCGAACGGAACGAUCGUUGACGCCAGUGGUAAACAACAGACAAUUGGGAUUCCGAUUCAGGCAGGAGGGGCACAACCGCAGUUGAUUACUUCGGUAAUCCCACAAUUUCAGACAGUCAACGUGGAUGGUCAAGAAGCUAUAUUUAUUCCAUCGUCCGGUGUGGGCGGUGGCCAAACCAUCCUGGCGGGGAACCAACAACAAGUUUACACCACACCCACGGGACAGAUAAUAAGACAGGGGCUACCCACGGGGAGUAUGAUUCCAAAUAUGGGAUAUAAUUUGGCGGGAAAUAUGGUUAACAUUGGUGGAAAUGUCGUCAGUUUAGCAGGCGUACAAGGACUACAGACCCGCCCACAUGGUGUUGUACAGGCAGUUCAAAUGCCACAACAAGUGCAACAAAUGUCUAACCUUAUACAAAUCCCUGUGUCCACUACGAAUGGUCAGUCUACAUACCAAACAAUUCAGGUACCAACCAUGCAGGGGUUCCCAGUUGCCUUUCCCCAAGGCCAACAAGGGACACCUCAGUUACAGACACUGUCAGUGAAUACUACUACUGGACAGAGUGCUUCUGGCCAGAUAACAUCGUCAGUGAACCAAGUCAACCAACAACAGGUAACACAGGUAGCACAACCCCAGCUUAUAGAAAUAGCUGCUGCAGCAACAGCCACAGCUAAAUCCCAAGCUGAAAGUGGCAAGCCCUCGACCCCACAGUCCCAACCCCAGUCAGCUACAUCGCAAGUGACAUCUACCCCAGUGUUACAGUCGUCGCAACAAAAUAACGGGGGAGCGAUUAUGACGGCUGGUUCGUUCGGUACACCUAUUGCUAACCCCACCACUCCGAACAUUUUAUCUCAAAUGCCUACGCUGGUACCAAUAGGUACGAACUUUAUAAAUACAGCAACAGGUCAGGUUAUACCAAUGUCUCAAGCCGUAGGGACAAAUGGACAGAAUGUCAUUGUGGCAUCUAUGCCACAACAGAGUGCUACAAGUUCUACCACUACAACCUCUGCAACGACGACGGUGGCAUCCUCGCAGCAACAACAACCAUCUUUAGUGCAAACUGUCCCACAACAAAUCACAGUGCAAGCGUUACCGUCACAAAACUUUACAAACCUUACAAUUGCAGGACAGAAUCAAGUAAUUGCUCAAAAUCCAUGGUUGUCCGCAUUAAAUGUGGCCAAUAUCCGUGCUCCAAGCAUGCAGACAAUACAGGUACCAAAUUUACAGUCUUUGCAAAAUCUGCAGGGAUUACAAGCUGUGCAAAAUGUUCAGGGGUUGCAGGGAUUUCAAAUCACACCACAAGGGCAAUUGAUCGCCACUGGGAAUGUACAAAACAUGGGAGCUGUGACACUGACCCCUUCAGGGGCACUCACUGUAGCAAAUGCAGUUGGUAACACACAACAACAGCCUAGUCCACAGCAGUUUACAGCGACCAUACAGAAUGUCGCGACGCAGCUAUCAACUGGGCAGACAGGACAGACUGUACCUGGAACUCCACAGAUAAUUGCUGCAGGCCAGCAGAUUCAACAGGAUCCAAACGACCCUACAAAAUGGCAAGUUGUACAGACAUCGCAGGGAUCAGCAGUGACAUUGAGUCCAUCCCAGGUGUCACAGCAAGGCGUGUCGGUGCUUGGCAGUGAACCAAGCGUCACCUCCAACCGUAGACUACGUCGGGUGGCAUGUACCUGUCCCAACUGUACCGACAACGAGGGGAGAACUGGAGAAAACAAGAAAAAACAACACAUAUGUCAUAUUCCUGGAUGUAAGAAAGUGUACGGGAAAACAUCACAUUUACGAGCACAUUUACGCUGGCACACUGGAGAACGUCCGUUUGUUUGUAACUGGAUGUUUUGUGGGAAGCGUUUCACACGGUCUGAUGAACUGCAGCGACAUAAACGCACACAUACAGGAGAGAAGAGGUUUGAGUGUAAAGAAUGCAAGAAGAAAUUCAUGAGAAGUGACCAUCUAUCGAAACAUAGGAAGACUCACUUUAACAAGAAAACUGGUCCAAAUCUAGAUAACAGUGGAAGUGUUGAGGAUGAGGAGGGAGAGAUGAUGGAGGGUGGUACCAUGGUGAUGAUCGAGUGUGAUGAUGGAGGAGAGGAUGGUGUUGAACCUUCGUUUGAAGUCACGGACGAUGAUAUUGAUGUACAAUGACCUCAAUUCUUUAGUAGAAUUGGAUGACUAAACCUUAUCGAGUCAGAUAUAUAUGACUUUAAUGUAUAAACCAUGACAUAAAUUAUUUGGUAUUAAUUUAUAAAUGAAAGGACGAUGAAUGUGGCGGGUAUAUCCAAAGGGUCAAGGACAAUGAGUGUAGCAGGUAUAUCUAAAGGGUCA